GCGCCCGCGCCGAUCCGCUUCAUUCCGUUCCACCCCGCGCGAUUGGAUCAGUUCGUUCGCCUGUCUCGCUUUAACGUUCACUGUUCGUGUUCAGUUGUUCACUCGCCUCCGUCGCGUUAACAUACUCUGCGUGACUCGUCGCACUAUGUUCCAGCCAAACAACAACACAUAAACCUUCCAAAAUGAAGCCAAAUCGGUUAUAACGUUUCUUAAAACCCAUUAUUAUUUAGAUCGAAUAUUUUAUUUUUGUGAUAUUUAGUUUAUAUCUUUUGUUUAUUUAUAUCAUUACCAUGGGUUAUUAUAUUAUAUAAAUGUUUUAUUACUUAAUUAAAAAAUAGUGCUCAAGAUAAUCUCAUUCCAAAACGCCCAGUAAAUCAAAUUUAGUCUGAUAGUACGUUUAAAUAAUAAAAUUACAAUGACAGCAAAAACUCGUUCACAUUGGAAGGAAUAUGGAACAGCAUUCUGUGCAACACUUAUCACUGCAACCGCGGGAACCUGCUACGGCUGGCCAUCGCCCACACUACCAUACCUAAAAUCAGACAAGAGCGACAUAAAACCAUCGCCAGACGAAGAAUCAUGGAUUGUUUCUAUAAUGAUCCUGUGUUCAGCGUUAACGCCUAUUCCUUCCGCAUAUUUCGCCGACCGUUUCGGAAGAAAAACUGCCCUUCUCCUUGGAGCAAUACCCUUUAUAAUUGGCUGGGUGCUGGUUAUCGUAGCCAAUUCAGUAGCGGUGCUUUAUGUGGCGCGUAUGUUCUCUGGACUCGGAUAUGGCAUAGUGUACACAGUUGCACCAAUGUACACGGGAGAGAUAUCCACGAACGAAGUCAGGGGUGCCCUCUCUACUCUCAUAACAUUAAUGAACAAGGUCGGUAUUCUUGCCCAGUACUGCAUCGGCCCAUUUGUUACGAUGCGUACAUUAGCAGCCAUCAACUUAAUCCUUCCUAUUUCCUUCAUAAUCACUUUCAUCUUUGUACCUGAGUCGCCGUACUACUACUUAAAAUUCGAACGCAGUGAAAGAGCCGAGAGAUCACUGAGACAUUUAAGAACCGGUGAUAUAAGACUUGAAUUGAAAAACAUAGAAGUGAGCGUGCAAGAAGAUAUGAAAAAUAAAGGUACAUGGUGUGAUCUUAUCUUCGAGGCUACUAACAGGAAAGCGUUAUGGAUUAGUUUGGGAGUUUUUACCAUUCAGCAGCUUUGUGGCAGCGCUGCAGUUGUUGCAUAUGCUCAAGACAUCUUCGCAGUUACGGGGAGCAAAAUAGAACAUUAUAAAGAAUCCAUAAUUCUUGGAUGUGUGCAAGUUGCUACAUGUUGCCUAUCAGUUGUGCUUGUGGAUCGCCUUGGGAGAAAACCGCUCUUGAUAUUAUCAGCACUUGGAGUGGGGUUGAUGAACGGAACCAUCGGCACGUACUUCUAUUUCUACCAGCAGAACAAAGAAAAUGUAGCGCAUCUCCACUGGCUCCCCAUAACGGCUAUUCUGAUCUACAUUGUUUGCUACGCCGUCGGUUUGUCGACUGUGCCUUACGUUAUAAUUGGAGAACUGUUCCCGACCAAUGUCAAACUGUACGCAUCGUGUGUCGCCCAUAUUUAUACCGGAAUCUCUAUGUUUACGGUCCAAAAGCUGUUCCAGGUCGUGAAGGACGCUUGGGGCAUUUACACAGUAUUCUGGGGCUUCUCCAUAUUUUCAUUAUUAGGCCUGCUAUUUAUGCUGGCAGUACUUCCAGAAACCAAGGGCAAAUCCUUUGCCUGUAUCCAAGCUCAGCUAAGAAGGGAUGUUGCCAGGGACAAUGCUAGCAAACUUAUGACUGUUGAGUAUUAACGCUAGCUUAGGUAUUCAGCCUUAGGGCAGCCCCGGAUCUCGGUGGGGUAAACCGGGUAAUAUGCCCCGGGUUGCAAUUUAAGACGGCGAAAAUCUGAUGUGUUUUAAAUUACAACAAUUCAGGUAGCAUCGAUUAAGUGUUGUAGAAUAUUAUUCCUAUCAUUUUGGAACGCAUGCUACAUCAUUUCGUCUCUGCUAGAAAGUUUAUAUAAUGGUUAGGCACUGUUCUUUUGCCAAGUUUUGCCCCGGCUCGGUAAAAUCAUAGAUACGAGGCUGCCUUAGGGACGUAGGUGAGGUUUCUUAUGGAUGGCGUUCAUUAAAGGAAUGUUCACUGUGGCUCAGUACUGACACGAAGGGAGCUUUUUAUUAUUUAUCUAUGAUAUCAUUAGGAUAAUUAUAUGUACAAAGAACUGAAACUUUAUAAAUAGUACUAAAUAUAAGUUUUAAUGAUUAGUAGUCUAUAUAAGCUUAAGCUUACUUAAAUACUAUACUUAAAUUUAUUUCUUAUAAUUAAUAUUAAAGAUUGUGUUUUAAUCAGAAUAUUUAUAUACUGAUAUAAAUAUUCUGAUGACAUAAUUACAUGUAAAAAUUUGUACCUUUAGUAAGAAGCUGCACACCUCAGUUUAAUAUUUACUACUUACAUACCUACUUUAACGUCGAUCGAUAGUAUGGAUACGAUAUUAUUUUACACCCGUCCAUAGUAUGAACGGGUUUAAAAUAAGCAGAAAGAAUAUUUUACCAUAAAUAUAUUAAAGUUUAUGAUUCUCGAAAAGACGUUUGAAAAUAUCACAUGAUCUUUUCAAUCGUUUUUAAAACAUCAUAUGUCUUAUACAUUUUAAAACUGUUAAGUAAAACUAUAUAUUUAUUUCGUUAGUGCCUAUAAACUAUGCGAUUCGGUUAAAUAAAACAAUCAGUAAUAACUAAAAGUGUAAUUUUAUUUCGAUAAUAUAAUAUAAAUAAUGUUUAUCGCUACCCUUCUGUUGUUGUAUCUAUUCCUGUCAAUUGCCAGUAUUAAGUCACAA